CGGCAUGACGUCAUAAGACUGCACCGCUCCUGCAUCUGCGAUUUUGCUGAAGAAAGGCCAGUGUCCAAACACAAAGAAAAACUCCUGGUGAAGCAUGUGACUCACUAUUAUAAAGAUGGCGUUUAUUAAAGAGGAGAGUGAAGACCUGAGGAUUGAAGAAACAUUCAGUGUCAAACAUGAAGAAACUGAGGAACAAAGAAAGAUGGCGUUGGUCAAAGAGGAGAGUGAAAACGUUAAGAUUGAAGAAACAUUCAGUGUCAAACAUGAAGAUACUGAGACCCAAACAAAGAUGGCGUUGAUUAAAGAGGAGAGUGAAAACGUUAAGAUUGAAGAAACAUUCAGUGUCAAACAUGAAGAUACUGAGGAACAAAGAAAGAUGGCGUUUAUUAAAGAGGAGAGUGAAGACCUGAAGAUUGAAGAAACAUUCAGUGUCAAACAUGAAGAUAUUGAGACACAAACAGACCCGAUGGCUCUGAAAGAAGAGAGUCAAGAACUUAAUGAAGUGGAAGAGAAAUGUCAUGAAACAGACACUAAAAAUCUCCAGAUAAAAGUGCACACUGGAGAGAAGCCUUUGACCUGCAAACAGUGUGGAAAGACUUUCAAGCGAAAAGACAACCUUAAAAUCCACUUAAAAAUCCAUACUGGAGAGAAGCCGUUCAUCUGCAAAAAGUGUGGGAAGAGUUUCUUACUUAAAGGAAAUCUUAAGACUCACAUGAUAGUUCACACUAGAGAGAAGCCAUUCACAUGCUCUCAGUGUGGAAGGAGUUUUACACAGAAAAAAUCCCUUACAGUCCACAUGCGAAUUCACACUAGAGAGAAGCCUUUUACCUGCAAACAGUGUGGGAAGACUUUCUCACUAAAAGGAAAUCUUAAAACUCACAUGCGAAUUCACACAGGAGAGAAGCCAUUCACAUGCUCCCAGUGUGAAAAUAGUUUUAAGCAUAAAAGAGAACUUAAUGCCCACAUGAGAAAUCACUCUGGGAAGAAGCCAUACACUUGCAAACAGUGUGGGAAGAUUUUUUCACUAAAAGGAACUCUUAAAAUUCAUAAGCGAAUUCACACUGGCGAGAAGCCAUUCAUAUGCUCUCAGUGUGGGCAGAGUUUUAAACAGAAAAGAGAACUUAAUGCCCACAUGAAAGUACACACUGGAGAGAAGCCUUACACCUGCGAACUGUGUGGGAAGAGCUUCACAGUAAAAGAAAGGUUUAAGACUCAUAUGACGAUUCACACUGGAGAGAAGCCGUUUGUUUGUGACCAGUGUGGAAAGAGUUUUAAACGUAGAGCACACCUUAAUCAUCACAUGAAGAUUCACUCAGGAGAGACGUGUUUUAUAUGUCAUCAGUGCGAAAGGAGUUUCUCAGACAGGAAUCACCUUGAGAAUCAUGUAAAAAUUCACAUCGGGGAGAAACCUUACAUGUGUCAUCAAUGUGGAAAGAGUUUAACAAACAAAGCAAACCUUGAGGAUCACAUGAGAGUUCACACUGGAGAAAAGCCUUUCACCUGUCCUCAGUGUGGAAAGAGUUUUACGAUUAAAGGAGAUCUUAAUAUACACAUGAGAGUUCACAUUGGAGAGAAGCCGUACAAGUGUUUUCAGUGUGAGAAGAGUUUCACAGACAGGAAUCAGCUUAAGGAUCAUAUAAAAAUACAUAUCGGAGAGAAGCCUUUCAUGUGCAAUGAGUGUGGAAAGAGUUUCACAUACAGAGCACACCUUGAGUAUCACAUGAGAAUUCACACUGGAGAAAAGCCUUUCACCUGUCCUCAGUGUGGAAGGAGCUUCACGGUGAAAGGAAACCUUAAGCUGCACAUGAGAGUUCACACUGGAGAGAAGCCGUACAAGUGUCGUCAGUGUGACAUGAGUUUCCCGUAUCACAUAAGCCUGAAACAGCAUUUACAAACUCAUUGUGGAAAGAAAAUGACGUUUCCUCAGUGUGACGAGGUUAUAAAACAGGAGCAAUUUUAACAAUAAUCAGCACAUUCACUCUGGAGAAAGACAUUUCAAUAGAGGGAAUGCAUUGACACGUGACUUUCCCGCCGGAACAACCCCCCUCAGCCUGACC